AUGGAAAGCCGUGAUUUCGCUCCACCGCACCACCUCCUGACGGAGCGGAGCGCGCUGGUUCACAGCGCCGCGUCUCGGAUGGCGACAGGCGGCCACGGCUCCGUGCAGCACCCGGCGCACUUCCAGCCGGGCAAGUAUUACUCAUCCCAUCUCUCCAUGGCUCCGCACUCAGGUGCUUCCUUUAUGGGUUCCUUCCUGUCCAGCAGUUUGGGGUCACCGGCCGCCCACCCGCCUCACCCCUCGGGACCCGUUUCCUCCCCAUCCUCUCCAUCGUACAGGAGCGGACCCCAUUCCAACGCCUCCCCUAUCUGGUUCCCUCAUUCGCACGAAGGGUACCCCAGCUAUUCAGGAAGUCUUGCCUCCCCUUUUCUUCCCAUGAGUCCCUUGGAUCCCCAUAACAACAGUCUUUAUGGACAGCAUCGCUUCUUUGAAACUCAAAAAGACCACUUCUACCUGAGAGGCCUUCCUACCCAGCCCCCUCUGCUGUCCACCAAUCACAGCCUUCCCCCACUGACCAGAACCGGUUCCGGGCACUCGCUCAGCUCCUGCAGCCGAGAAACGACUAGUGCGGGAGGAAGUGGCAAGAGCACCAGGGACUCGGGCGAGAAAGUUGUUGCAUCGUUGUCGAAAGAGAAAGAAAGGUCGAGCAGUAAGGAGCGCCACCAGGAACACAAAGACAAACACCAGCAGACAAGCCCUGCUGCCACUCCAUCAAGCUUUCAUCACAAAGCCUACCCGCAUGCACCGCAUGCUCCCCAGCUUCACCUUACGCCCCAAAGCAGGGAGGAGGAUUCCAGACACCCUCUGGAGCGACACAAGGAGCACAGAGACAGUGACAGCCAGGGAGGAGGGAAACAUUUGAGUGCCUGUAAACUUUCUAGUGUUUCCGGUGCAGAGACUGGCUCAUCUGAGAAAGGGAGCACAUUAAGCAGCUGUAGUGGGGGCGGAGCUGGUAGAACUCCUUCUGGAGGCAGUAGGCGUUGCCAUAGAGAACCCAUAAACGGGGAUAUGAGGAUCAGUGACUCUUCAACUGCCUCCUCGGAAUGUAUAAGAAGAGGUGCGGCCGCAGCCACAGCUAUCUUGGCACCCACUCAUUCUGUGGCUUCCUACUCAAUGCCUCCUCCACCUCCGCCACCCCCGCCUCAUACCUUGCACAUGGGCUCAGCAGUAGUAGGAAGCUGGCUUCACCCACAUCACCAUCCGCAUCCUGAGUUUUACUGCCCUCCAGCACCUCUUACCAUCGUACCUUCCAAAGAUCCGCUUUCCGCCGGGUCUAGCAGGGAGGCAAAAAUCAUAGGCCCGACAUUUGUCCCCUCUGCUGGUCCGCUGGGAGAUCUGGCAACCCCCGAGUGUCGUGUCGCGGGAUCUGGUAGUAAAAAAGGGGAGGACAGGAAUGGAGAUGGAUCUUAUGAAAGCCCCUCUCAGCACCUCAGUCGCCUUAGCAGUUGCCAGAAGAAAGACAAAUCCCAAACACAUAUGCAGCAGCUGGGAUAUGGCAAGGCUGACAAACCUCCCGACUGGAGCCAACAAACACAGCACUUCCAAAAACACAAUCCCAAUGCGAGCUCUCAGCCGGAGCUGCGAUCCUGCAGCCUGGAAACAACCUCAUCUCUCAGAGAUGUGGAGCUUGUGGAGGAUGUUUACCGACCCUCACUUCCACCAGAUACCCAGGGGACGUACCUUGGGGCCGGACGGUGGUCCACAUCCAAGAAUGGCUCUCCACCUUUUAAGGACUGUUCUCAAUCCGGAUCUGACGGAAGAGUAGGGGCUGCGGUUCAGAGGGAGGGACAGAAGGUGGCAAGGAUACGACACCAGCAGCACAACAGCCACAGCACUGAUGAAAAGGGCAGAGACAGUUGUCAAGGGACAACACCUUGUGGUGCUCGAAGAGGGCAACAGGAAGACCAGAGAAAUGAGUCCCGUUAUACAUCUGCUAGCAAUAGUGACGUAAGGGCCACCCCAGGCCCUAACAAAGACAACAACCAGUCAACUUCAGGAGAGGGCAAUGCCAUGAAGAACUUGAUGAACUACAGCUCCCAGCAGCCUCUACUACUGCCCCAGCGGAGCCCCUUUGGAGGCUUGGGCUGCCUCAAGCAGGGCGGAGAGAGAUCAGAGAAGGGGGAAAGAGGCGGAGGCAGAAACAGCUCCUUACAAGACCCACCCAAACAGUCGCUCCCUCCUCGCAGAGGCUCCUCUAACGAGGGAGAGAAGGGCGACAAAGGUGGGAGGGAGGCCGGGGAAGCGGGAGAAGGGGAGGUAAGGCAGCCUCCGGUGGGUAUUGCAGUAGCCGUGGCCAGGCCCCCCCAUCGUUCUCCAGACGACACCCCUGGACACAGCAGACAGAGUAGAGUGCUGCCCAGCAUGAAAGGAGUGUCCCGACCCGUGUAUCCACUUGGCCGUGAGGCAGAGGAAAGGAAGAGGAUGACAGAGGAUCAGAUCAGUGUUCAUCACCUGGACAGGGACAGAGAAUUGAUCAUUAGGGACAAUAAGGAUCGAAUGGAGUUUGCUAGGAUCCACCCAUCAAGUAGUUGCCAUGGUGACUUGACCUCUCACCUUUUGGUGCCUGGAGGCGCAAGCCAGUUGGGGACAGACGCUGCCACACACGCUCACCAUUGGAUGCAGAGAACAGGAAGUCCUUCCCUCUGGAUGGGACAUUCAUAUAGUGAGUUGGGAAUGAGUGCCAGCUUCCCCCCAGGUUUACCCAGCCCUCUUCAGCCUGUGCUUGGCUCACUCACCCAAGACCCCAGCUCGCCGCUGAUGGUUCUUCCCACAGAGCCUGGGCCUCAUCAUCACCUUGACGUUUUAGAACAGUCAGGUCUGUGGCCUCCGGUCUACGGUGGUCGUGGCCCGCCCCCUCACCUACAGCACCACCCCGUCUACUCUCGAUCCUCAUUUCUACGGCAACAGGAGCUCUACGCGCUACAACAGCAAAGGGCAUUGGAACAUUUGCAACGUCAUUCCUUAGGACAGCGAAAACAUGACGAGCACGCCGCUCUAAUCGAAGACUCUCCAACAGCGUCGAGAACGCCUUCAUCAUCCUCCUCUUCCACCUCGUCCUCUCAUGUGACCAAGCCCUUCUCGCACACGCCUCCCCCACCAAAGACAUCCACUGCGUCACCGGGGCUGUGUCCCACCAGUCGUCAGUCUCCCUGCUAUCAUUCCCCCUCCAGGCGAAACCACCCGCCCAAUCCUUUGACCCCUGCCCCAAGCCCGGCUGCGGCUGCCCCUCGCUCUCCGGCACUCAGCCCUGCUCCGUCGCUUCUACCCAAAGGUCUGGAGAGGACCAGUGACCGGGGAGAGGGGCAGCCACCUCACGACUUCCCAGAAUCCCUAGAGCCCGACUUGCCACCUGUUUACGCCUUCCCACCACUCUCCAUGGGAUUCAAGGCUGGACCCUCGCCGCCAGAGGCCCGCUUGGCUGAGCAAGCCUCACAGGAAGCAGAGCCGGCGGAGCCUGACUCAAAGUCUCUCCAGCCUCUGCCCCACGUCCCUCCUCUCACUAAAGAUGAGACCAGGAGGAAAGAAGAAGAAGAGGAGGAGGGAGACUGUGAAGUGGUGGAAUCCCACAGUGGACCCCCAGAAGAAAAGAAGAGUCAAGAGGAUGGAUGCUCUGUUCCGGAUCAUGAAAAGACUACUUCUGGCCUGCUGCCUUGCCCUUCCCAAUCUUCUGUCCCGGAUCCAACCAGCCCUGCCGCGGCCGCGAGCAAAGCCCCAAAGCAAGCUGAGAUAUCCAAAGACGAUGAGGUUGAGAAGGAAUGCGGAAAAGAGGAGCUCCCAGGCAAAAAAAUGGAGUGUGAACCAUUCAACUCCACUGCACAAGAGAGAGAAGAGGAGGAAGAGGAAACAAAUCAACAUGAAGAAUUGGUCGUCGACGGUGAAGAAGAAGCGAUUGAAAGAACUGGAGAUGACCAGGAAGGAUCUCGAGCCAACUCGCCAUGCUCAGAUGGGCUUCCCUCUAUUUCUGGAAGUAUGGCAGCCCAGCAGGAAGGUGCCUAUAUGUGGAGUUUGGAACUUCUCAUUGCCGCCGCCCUGUGCGCCACCCGAGAUGCCUUGCAAGCAUCGGUACCCGUGCCCCGGCCUCCUAGUCCCAUGGUCCAUCAUGGUAUGGAGAUUCUUGGAGAACUGGCUGAGCUAGAGAUACAGCAGAGGAGUCUGGAGGGCAAAGAGAACCAAGACGAAGGUGAGCGCAUGCUGACCUUUGACCUGCACAGUCUGGCGACGCUGGCGGCCGCCCGGGCCUUGGAGAUGAGGGGCGAGGUGCCUCGCGAUGGCGCUGAGCAAGAGUGUCCAAUUAGGAGAAGGCUGAAUUUGCGCAGGAAGUGCAGCUGGACGCCUCGUCAUGAGCCGGUGUGUCCAGUGAAGGGCUCCAUGGAGACGAUGGGAGGGGAGGAGCUGGCCAUGCGUGUCCAGCUGGCUGAGCUACAGCGCCGCUACAAAGAGAAACAGAGAGAAUUGGCCAAGCUUCAGAGGAAACACGACCACCAGAAGGAGGAAACGUCUCGUAGCCCUGCCCGCAGGGGGCCAGGACGGCCCCGCAAGCGCAAGUCCACCCCCGGCGCGCAAGCUCCAGACUCCGCCAAAAGACUCAGGGCUGGUGUUAAUUUACAGGAUGAAGAAAGAGUCAGUAAGAAGCAUGACUUCAGCAGACUCAGCGCCACACGGUUAAAAGCUGGCUGUAAGCACAGAGGUCGGCCCAGUGCUUUGAGUUCCAGGCUGGCCAAGCGGGUGAGCCAGCUGAAGGAGAAGGCCGCGGCCCAGCGUGCCGCGCCAUCAGUGGGCAUGCUGCGCUGCAGAGUAGCCACCGAAGCAGAAGAGGGGCCAAAGAGUCACUUUGGACACGCAGGAGCAGACUCACAACAGGAAUGGGAGGCCAGUCAGACCGUUAAAAGAAAGAGGGGUCGCAAACCAAAGGCGUUGAUCAGCUUCGACCCAAGCAGAGCUGCUAGCUCGAAUCGUGCCACCGAGAAACAGGAAAGCAGGGAAGGGAGUGACAGCGAGAGUUCGGGACAUGAGGAUGAGGAGGACUGUAGCUGCAACAGUGAUGAGGGAGCCUGCGACAUCAGAAUUAGCUCAUCCGGCAAAGAAGCUCCUUCAAACUCUUUUUCGGCCCAGUCGUCUAAACUGCACUCAGCCCAGAAAAUCUCUAAUAAUAAACCAGGACUUCCAGGUGAGAUCUUAACCAUAGCCGUCGCGGACCAGAGAAAGGCCCACAGGAAGCAGUGCCUAGCCAAGUGCAAAAGUGAACAUCGCGGAUUGAGAAGAGCUUCUCUUCCCGGCUGGGUGGCCUCUGCAGCGGGCUGCGCUUUUGGGGACGGCCGGGGAAGCCACGCACCUCUGCUAGAAGAUAACAGGAAUUGCAAGGAAGCCAUGAGGAGAGACUCAGCAUUGCACAGUAAUGCUGGAAAGGCUCAGGGUCACGCAGUCAGCCGACUCCUGCAGAGCUUCACCGCAGACGACGGCUUUCGCUUGGAUGAAGACAGCAGCUUCUCUGAGGGUGAGGAAGAGGAUGAGGAAGAGGAAAGCAAACAGACCACAGUGCACCUUCCUCCCAAAAUGCCUUGCAAAAUACCCGCCUUGCCCAAUUGCGUGCUGAGUAAAGAGAUGCUAGUUGACGGAUUGAAGAUUUUGAUAUCUAAGGAAGACGAAUUGCUCUACGCCGCCCUUGUCCAGACUCUGGAUCUUCCUGAUAUAUUUAGUGUCGUCAUUGAAGGGGAGCGCGGGAAUCGCCCCCGGAUCUAUUCACUGGAGCAAAUCCUGCAGGAAGCUGUUCUGGACGUCCGGCCCCAGACUGAGUCCAUCCUGAUGGCAGGGACGCGAGUUUGUGCCUACUGGAGCGAGCGCUCACGGUGUCUUUACCCCGGUUAUGUCCACCGAGGGGGUGCAAGUGAAGAAAAGGAAGGAAGCGUAAUGGUGGAGUUUGAUGAUGGGGAUAGAGGACGGAUCACACUCGCUAAUAUUAGACUUCUGCCACCUGGAUACCAAAUCUGCUGUGCGGAACCGUCCCCUGCGCUUCUAAUGACACCGGGCCGGCGAUGUCGACGUAGCUCUACACAGGAGAAGAAAGACACGCCCUCAGAGAAAUCAACAAAUGAGGAACAAGCAGGGAAACCUCAGGAGAAGAGACCAGUUGGCAGGCCCAAGAAAAUCCACUCAGUGCCUACAACUGCCAGCACAGCAACAUUAGAGUCAGAUUCGCGAAGCAAAGGCAACACUUCCUUGGUGAGCUGGUCCGCACCCAGGAAGAGACCCCCGGUCGACUUCUUCCUCUUCAACGGGACUUCCCGUAAGACCCAGAAGAGAUUUCGAGAGCGAGACAUGGGGUUGUUUCAUCGCCCUGCCUCCCACUUGCUAAUGCCCACAACCCCCCUAAAGGGUAUCUUUGGCUCCCCUUUUGCAGUUGACUCUUUUAGUAGCAUUGCCAAUGGCUACUCCGCCUUUGGAAGUUGCGGGAACACUGGAUCGUCACGAAAUGCGAGCGCAGGAUCCUCAACCGGGACCCGAGACCCUUCUAAUUCCUCCUCAGUUGUCAGUACGACAAUGGCGGUAGGGAGCAAGAAGCCAGUUAGCGAACGGGACAGAAAACAGUUCCUGAUCAAGCUUGAUCACGAGGGGGUGACCUCACCUAAAACGAAGAACAGCAAGGCCCUACUCCGACUUGGAAAUGGAAGCAAAGGAGGUAGAACCUUGUCCUCUACGGGUACGCCACACAGAUACAUACACCCUUCCGUACUCGCGAAGGAUGGAAAGAAGACAGGAAGGGAAAACCCUGGAGCUAGACCGGAUUCUCUUAUAAAAGACAGCACCCCUUUGCAAAAAGAUCUUGUGUCAGCCAGCCAUGGUAGCCAAACAGGAGAUUACAGUUUGGACUACCACAGCGACUGCCCGAGUUCCUACUCUGAAUUGGAUGAGGACGAUGAAGAUGGUGGUCACGAAGCUAGGGCGCGAAGAAGAGGCUCAGCAUCUACGUCUCAUCGUAGCGGCCGCUUUCUCUCCAGACUCUCAGUUUGUUUCUCCUCUUCCUCAUCGUCAUCGUCUUCCUCUGGCUCCAUAUCAUCCUCAUCCCUCUGUUCCUCGGACAACGAUUCCUCCUACUCAUCAGAUGAAGAGUCCUCAUCUGUUCUUUUGCGGCGUGCUCUGCUCCAGCAGGACAAACACAAGAACAGACAGAACCUGAGCUCAGAUUCCACCAAUCCCAACCCGUCUACCACAGUCCCAGUUAAUCCUUAUGUGGCCAAGGCAGGUAUGGUCCACUCUGGAUCAAAGGUGAGACCAGAAGACAGGACAGAAUAUAUGACCAAAGGAAAUAUGUCAGCUAACAGUAGUUCAGCUAAAACCCAACUGAAGAGAAAGGAAGACGUUACGAAUAGCCACCUACAAGGUCAGAGAGGCCCUAAACCGUCCACCAAGGACCCGACAACAACUAAGAGGCAAAGGAUGUCCUCACCUGAGCCUCAAAGCAACAUAACUCCACUACUGCCUGGACGCCAGCUAUGGAAAUGGUCAGGCAACCCAACACAGAGAAGAGGUCUGAAGGGUAAAGCUCGCAAGCUAUUCUACAAGGCCAUCGUGCGCGGCAAGGAGACGGUGCGGGUCGGCGAUUGCGCGGUUUUUCUGUCGCCCGGCCGUCCCCAGCUACCUUACGUCGGCAGAGUGGAAAGCCUGUGGGAGUCAUGGAGCUCUAGCAUGGUUGUCAGGGUCAAGUGGUUCUACCACCCCGAGGAGACUCGCUUGGGGAAGCGACACUGCGACGGCAAGAACGCCUUGUACCAGUCGAGCCACGAGGACGAAAACGACGUCCAGACCAUCUCGCAUCGUUGCCAGGUGGUCAGCCGAGCCGAGUACGAUCACUUGAUCCGCGAGCACAAGUCUGGCGCCACGGCCAAUGAUCUUUUCUACCUGGCCGGCACGUACGAGCCCACCACAGGCCAACUGAUCGGCGCUGACGGCAUGGCUAUCGUUUCAUAG